GGCAGUAUAACCUCUCCUUUAGGGGCUGAAUGAAGGAGUUUUUGGCAGAAAGAAGCAGCAGUUCCUGUUUUACAGCGUCUUCUCGGUCAGACCUCAUAGUUCAGAUGAUGAAUCAGAUUAAAAUCCGUUGCUUUAAGGAAGAAUUUUCCAGAAGACGGUGACACACUUUCCCCCCCAGGCCUCCCUCUAAGCCUCUUACUGUAAUUCAGCUCCUGCUGAUGCGGCAGUACCGCUUUCCUUCAUCCUUCCAGCUCCUCACAGCCUCCUCGGCAGCUUCCGGAGCUCCGGGUCCCGGUCCGUGCGUCCAGGAUGCUGGGCGGAGACGUGGUGGCGGCGUGGGAGGUGGCUCUGAGUGACGGCGUCUACAGGAUCGAGUUCGCUCACGGUACCACCACCGGGAAACGGGUGGUUUACGUCAACGGGACGGAAGUGAUCAGGAAGGACUGGAUGUUCAAGCUGGUUGGGAAGGAGACCUUCACUGUCGGCAGCGCCAACACCAAGGCCGCCAUUAACAUCGAGGCCGUCAGCGGCUUCGCCUACGAGUACUCUCUGAACGUCGACGGCAAGAGUCUGCAGACGUUCAUCGACAACAGAGCCAAGACCACCAAGACCUGGGUGGUUCAGGUGGACGGGACGGACUACAGGGUGGUUCUGGAGAAGGACACCAUGGAUGUCUGGUGCAACGGGCAGAAAAUGGAAACAACGGGGGAGUUUGUGGACGACGGCACAGAGACCCGUUUCUCUGUGGGAGACCAUGAGUGCUGCAUCAAGGCCGCCAGCAGCGGGAAGAAGAAGAACGGGAUCAUCCACUUCCUGCUGCUGGAUGGGGAGAAGGUUCCUGCUUCGUCGCCGUAGAGACGGACCAAGAGGUCCAGAUUCAGAGACUCCAGGCUGGACCUCAUGGUCAUCAACUCUUUAUUUAGGGUUUAUUCUAAUGGAUGGUUUUCAUUCAUGUUGGCAGAAGAAAUAAAUCCUGAACUGAGCAG